ACACUUUUCUUAUUGGUAUUAGAACUAUUUACACGGCUUCGAAAAAGAAUUAGACAUGCCAACAAAUGGGCAUAAAUACAGCAUACUGCUGCCCACGUACAACGAAAAGGACAAUUUGCCAAUCAUAAUUUGGCUAAUUGUGAAAUACAUGAAGGCCAGCGGUUUGGAAUACGAGGUGAUUGUUAUUGAUGACGGCAGUCCGGAUGGAACGCUGGACGUGGCCAAGGACUUGCAGAAGAUUUAUGGCGAGGACAGGAUUGUACUGAGACCCCGGGGCUCCAAACUGGGACUGGGAACGGCCUACAUACAUGGCAUCAAACAUGCCACUGGAGACUUUAUAGUUAUCAUCGAUGCAGAUUUGAGUCACCAUCCCAAGUUCAUUCCAGAGUUUAUAAAGCUGCAGGAACAAGGGGACUAUGACAUUGUAUCUGGCACUAGAUACGUCGGUGAUGGAGGAGUAUUCGGCUGGGACUUUAAACGCAAGCUCAUCUCUCGCGGUGCUAACUUUUUGUCCCAGGUGCUUUUGCGUCCAAAUGCGAGUGAUCUGACCGGUUCCUUCCGGCUCUACAAGAAGGACGUGCUGGAGAAAUGCAUUGCCAGUUGUGUGUCUAAGGGUUACGUGUUCCAAAUGGAGAUGCUGGUGCGGGCCAGACAGCAUGGCUACACCAUUGCCGAAGUGCCCAUCACCUUCGUGGACCGCAUUUAUGGCACCUCGAAGCUUGGCGGGACCGAGAUUAUCCAAUUCGCCAAGAACUUGCUGUAUUUGUUUGCAACCACAUAAAUAACACCAGAAUCAACUGAAUAGAUUUUUAAAUUUUUAA